GCGAGUGGCAAAUUGCUGGAAAAAGCAAUGGAGAAAAUAGCGCAAUACCGCCAAGCAAUGCACCUUGCGUUUGUGUAUAGUCCAUUUUUACAUUCUAUCAUUUCUGUUGUUGGACACAUCUGCCUCGACAAGGAUAGUGGGAUGCAAGAGAGAAACAAAUGGGCAAGAAUAAACGAAGCCACCGCCAUUUUGCACGCAAUGCAUGCCUUUUUCUUCGCUCUGCAUCUGUUGUUGACACAUACCUGUCUGCGAUCGCCCCCUCCACACGCACGCGCGCACAAACACAUACAUACACGCCCACAUACACGCUCCAGCUAGCCUGCGCUCACCUGGCCCUAUGCCAGACACACACACAGGGGCCCUCCGUUUGUUGCUGCGCUUGGGCGGUCAGGGUGGGCGGCCAGGGCGGGCGGUCGGGGUGGACAGGCCUGGUCGCUAUUCGAGCAAUUGCGAAGCGACUACGGAAGGGGUGGCAGCAGUCUCCACCGAUUCAACGGAUUGGAAGGAUUUUUCAUAAAGCUGGCAGACUUUGGCCUCCGCUAUUCGCCUUCUGCUGCUGCUCGAGGAUACGGAACCACACAGCAAAUCAGAGCAGCAACGCAACGGACCACUGCCGUUAUCAUGAACGCAGAGGUGGCAGAUCGCGCUGUUAGCUAAUCAGCAACUGGUUUGCCAGCCCCCUCGCUGCCACCUCUUUUCGGUUUAUUUAGCACUCCGCGUGUAACCGGGGCGUACCUUGCUCUUUAGGGUAUAGU